AUGUUGGCACUUGAUCGCUGGCUGCAGGAAACACCUAUCCUGCUCGAGGGUGCUUCUCCAGACUUGAAACGGCAGCGGCUACGACGGAGCCUUCUCUGGGCGCUUCUCUCGCUGGUAGCCUCGCACCUCUUAUGCUAUCUUGAUGUACCGGCUUUCCUGGAGAUAGCCGAGCACCAACUGAAGGCCCCAGUGCUAUUUUUGCGGGAGCAUCGCGCUCGCAGUGUUUCGUCGACGGCGCUCGUGCGACUGGAUCAUAGCGAUGUACGCGCGGCGCUAAUCAGCAUCAUUUUAGCGCCGAUUCUAUGGAAUGGACUCGCUCGCCUCGAGUACCACUAUCGCCUGUGGACAAGAAUGACACGGGGACGGAGCGUAUUCGCACAUCGGCUGUUUUCUCUCUUCAUCAUCGCAUGCUCAACGAUUCGAGAGUACUGUAUCCAUAGAGCUGUUCGAACGAGUUCAGUAUGGAGUUUGACGCAUCUUCACCACGGUGCGGAGAUUGCUCGCGUGCUUCGCUUUUGGGGUGCGUUCUUGUACACUACUGGUGCUGUGCUCAGUUUGAGUGGGUUCUGGCGGCUGCGUCUCUACACGUACAUGCCCGAGUAUUUCGGGCUUUUCUGCUCGGAGAUGGUUUCCAGCUUUCCGUUUAACGUUUUCUCAGAUCCCAUGUACUUGGGUAGUGCACUCAUGCAUUUCGGCUAUGCGCUCUGGUGUCGUUCAUCGACGGGGCUUGUGCUCGCUGUGGUGCUGUCGUUGGUAUACUGGGUCGCUGCGCGGUUGAUUGAAGAGCCAUUCAUGUACAAACUCUAUGCAGAAGAAUUCCGGCGACGUGGAAUGGAGCAGCAACGAGAACAUCUCGAGCACAGUGUCGAUAUCAUACGCAGUACGACAGCGUGCGUCAAGAUGGCGUCGGUGCAUGCGUCCAAGAAAUGCACUUGA